AUGAACUUCGUGAAAGCGCAGCUGGAAAAAGCGGAACGAUUCGUCGAGAACGUGGAACAGAAAGUCGCCGAGCGAGUCGUUCCAGGAUUGAACAACAACAAUGAUUCAGACGACGACGAGGAGGAGGAGUAUUCGGAUUCCGAAUGGGGGGAGGACGGUAGUAUUCGACGCCAAAGACGGCGGCGGCCGAAAGUGGUCUUGUCGGACGAUUCGGACAACGAAGAAGAAGGAAAAGAAGAAGUUGCAUUUGAAGAGAAGAAGAAGGCAACGAAGAGCGCUUUCAAGGUUGAGGAUGUGGCGAGUGGGUACGAUGCGAACGACAGAAGCGCAGAAACUGCUUCCGCUGCUUUUCUGACGGAAAAUGCGGCGACGACGAUUCAGACGACGACGCACUCGUCGCCGUCGAAGCAACUUCUGGGCAAACCGCCCUCGCCGCCAAUUUCCGUCGCCAAACAACAGUUAGCGGAGCAGCGAGAACGCGAAAGAGAAGAAGAAGAAGAAGAGAAGAAGAAGAAGAAGAAGAAGGAGAACGCCGUCGUCGUCGUCGCGCGCGACGACGAAGAGUAUAAACUGAAAGAGAAGAUUGUCUUGUACAAGAAUAAAGUUCAAGACUUGAAGUCGGAACGGGACCAUUUUCAGAGACUUUUGAGGGACAUGCAGAACGAAGCGAUGGUGAACACGGAUAAGAUGAUGCUGACGCACACAAAGUUGGAGCGAAAGUUGAAGGAGAAAGAGGCGAUGUUAAAGGAGAAGGAGGAGGAGAUUAAACGUUUGAACGCGACGGAGAAAAUAAGGAACGACGCCGAGGACGAGGCGCAGUCGUUGACGCAGGAGUCGAUGGCGAGCGUGUUAGCGGGUGCGAAGGAGGCGCAAAUGCGCGCGGAGAGGCAAGCGGAGGCGUCGAGUCGGGAGAUUGUGUCGCAACGCGAGGAGUUUUCCAGGAGAGAGGCGGAUUUGGAGGACCAGUUGGAACGGUUGAGCCAAGACGUGGCGAAGGUUUCGCAAACGAGCGAGGAGAGAGCGAGGGCGUUGGUGACUUUUGAACGACGAGCGGUCGCGGCGGAGAACGAUCACGAGAGGUUGUCCGAGAUGAUCGCGAGGUUGGAAACGUCGUUGGCGGCAGAGACGAAGAGAGCGGAGAGAGCAGAAGAUGACGGCGAGUACGAGAGGAUGAAGGAGCAGUUGGAGAGCGCGAACGGAGAGAUGCAAAAGUUGAGGAAAGAAGUAGACGCGGCUAAACGUAGAGCGGAUAUUGCGGAGAGAGAUUUGAAAGUGCGAGUUGGCGUUUUAAAUGGUAGCAGUAAUACGAGCAACGGUGGCGAAAAUAACGACGGACUCAUGCCGGAAGACCAAAACGAACUCGCGUCGUUGCGGAAACGAUCCGAGGAAAUGACCAAGUUAUUAUACGAAAAACAACGACAGUUAGAGAGUUUACAGGGCGAGAAACAAACGUGGAGUAUGCGUUUAGAACGCACCAAGGAAGAGUUUAUGAAUUCCGCGGACGUGUCCGCGAACGCGUCGUCGUCGGCGAAGCGACGAGCAAACGCGAUGGAUAUUGAAUCCGGGAGAAAUUUUGCCUCUGCCGACGCAGACAUCGUGCCCAUGGAAGCGUCGAGAACGUUUUCGCGAUUAGCGCAAAACAGACGGGUCGGGAAAGUGGUCACCAAAGCAUGGCAAGGCUUAGAUGCCGCCGCGGCAACUUUAUCGGAUGGCGUUCGAUUGUACCCGAUUGCGCGGGUGGCGUUCUUCUCGUACUUGUUUUUUAUUCACAUGUACGCGUACUUUUUGUUGCACAAGUUGCAACACAACGCGCACAUGGCCGAGCUGCAUUUACAUCAUCCUUAG